CCCUCUAUGGUGUCCGCUGUGGGUCGCUCUAGCCUGUGCAGGAGGCGGUGAGACGCGCCCGGUGCGAGCCUUUCUAGACUUAGACUGCCUGAGGUCGCCUCGCUCAUCCCGUGGUCAGCAAUGGUGUCCUUGCGUAAAGCACUGAUCACAGUUGCCAUAGUGGGUGCGUGGGCUGGCGUGGGCUCCGCACUCUUUGUCCUGGUGACCCCGGGAGAGGAGCGGGUUCGGGCGAUGCUAAAGGAGAUGCCGGGACAGGACCCGCGGAGCAGGGAAGAAGCGGCCAGGACCAAACAGUUAGUGCUGGCCACUCUGCAGGAGGCAGCUGCCACGCAGGAGAACGUGACCUGGAGGAAGAACUGGGUGAGCAGUGGAAAAUCAACGUGAUCCGGGAUCCAAACCGGUGGGUGUUGGGAGCUGCGCUCUGGCACCGGAGUCCGAGGCCGCUUUUUUUUCCCCAUGGACCUGGCCGGUAGCCCAGGCCGCGGAGCUGCUGCCGAGUGAGCACGUUGCCCCCAAACCCUGCACUGACUGCGCAUUCACGUUCUUAUCGCUGGCCAGAGUUAUCAGACGUGGUGAACUGAAGGGAUCAGUAAAUCGUGUUCCUCAACCCA